GCCGCCGCCGCGUUGAGGCGGAGUAGGAUGAGGCCCGCGGCUCCGGCUCCGGCGUCGGCGGGGGCAGCAGCAGCUGAGGCAGCAGCUGAGGCAGCCGUGACGGCCGCGCCCCCACCUCCUGACCUGGAUUAGGCCCAGCAGCUCCGUGGCCGCCGCCGCCCCGCGGGGGGGCGGGGUGGGGAAGUUCUACGUCUCCCCGCCCCCCCCCCCCCCAGAGCCGCCUCGAAGGAGGCAACCGCCGCGACCCCAGCGGGGCCCGCGGCCCAGCCUUGAGUCCCCACCCCCGGGGGCUGGCAUGAGCUGCCCCUCGGCGGCGCCGGGGGGCGGGGGAGCCGCCGCCUGAGCCCCAGUCUGCCGUCGACCCCACCUCGCCGAGAGAGGCUGACCGCGGAACGUGCGAACGACCCCGUCACUGCUUUCUUCCUCCCCCUCAGAUCACACUCCCCAGCCCUGGAAGAUGGGGAACUGCCUCAAAUCCCCCACCUCGGAUGACAUCUCCCUGCUUCACGAGUCUCAGUCCGACCGGGCUAGCUUUGGCGAGGGGACGGAGCCGGAUCAGGAGCCGCCGCCGCCAUAUCAGGAACAAGUUCCAGUUCCAGUUUAUCAUCCAACACCUAGCCAGACUCGGCUAGCAACUCAGCUGACUGAAGAGGAACAAAUUAGGAUAGCUCAAAGAAUAGGCCUUAUACAGCAUCUGCCUAAAGGAGUUUAUGACCCUGGAAGAGAUGGAUCCGAAAAAAAGAUCCGGGAGUGUGUGAUCUGUAUGAUGGACUUUGUUUAUGGGGACCCAAUUCGAUUUCUGCCGUGCAUGCACAUCUAUCACCUGGACUGUAUAGAUGACUGGUUGAUGAGAUCCUUCACGUGCCCCUCCUGCAUGGAGCCAGUUGAUGCAGCACUGCUCUCAUCCUAUGAGACUAAUUGAGCCAGGGUCUCUCGUCUGACUUCAAGUGAACCAUCAUUUUUGGUGGUUUUGAUCUUUCGUCACUGAGCCCAAAGAGCCAGGGAUUAGGAAUUAAGAUCAUGCACAAAAAGUUUCCUAAAAAUUCCUGGAUGGCUGCAGAUGUUGAGGAAAGUAUGUGAUAUUUUAGAAACUUAGGGGGGGAAAGUAGGAUGGUAUUUUUAUGUAAAGCCUUGACCCAGUGUUUAAGAAUAUAAUUGUAUUUAGACCUUGUUAUUGCUCCAGUACAUAGGAAUUGUGUAAAGUGUUAAAGCAACUGUAUAUGUUUAAAUUGUGUGUGUUGAAGAUUAGGAAAAAAGAUAGUGGUUAUUUUUCCUAAAUGAAAUAACAUUCUUCUCUCCACCAAAUUUUUUUCUGAAGUUAAUGGCAUUUGGGUCAAGGUUUUAUUAAAAGCUACAUUUUAUAACACUGGCACAAAAAAAGUAGUUUUAAGCUUGUUUGCACAGUUCUUUUUUUCCAUUGGAAAUGGAAUUCAUUGCCUUAGGUCUUUUUAAAUAGUGUAUUAUCGUUGGGGCUGGCUCUAUGCUUGAAAACCAGUUUAUUUAUAACCUGUUGUAAGUGCUAUAUUCUGUUUGCAGUUAGGAAAUGCAGAAUUUUAAGUGAUCUCCUAGCUUGUAAGCAAACUGAGAUGCACUAUCCCUUUUCUAUAUAAAAAUGAGUUAAUGUGUCAAUAAAUCAACUCAGCAAGGUGGGUUUAAUAUUACCCUUUCCUAUGUGUUUUAUCUAAUUCUUUUGGUUGUUAAUAUGGUGAUAAAUGAAAGUCAAGGUAAAUUUUAAAUAUUAAGAUUUCCGAUUUAUUGAGCUUGAAUUAUGCCACCAUGCUUAUGUAAAAAUGAAGGUGGCACCAUGGUAAAACUUAAUGAGAAGUAGUUUCUCAGUUGUAAUAAUUUUGAUUUCUCUUUCUUGUGAUCUCUCCUUCCCUGUUGUCUUGAACCAUAGCAAAAGGAUACUGCAUCUCUCAUUACUAUAGUGAUGAGGUUAUUGAAAUUAUAUAAACACAUCUCAGUCUCUGUUUCUUUGAAAGGUAUCUGUUAAGUCCUGCUAGGUGAUUGACGAGACUAAGUAGGGAGAAUAAAGGUAAAUGUGAUUCAUGUUUUGCACACAAAUGCAGAAUUUUAUAACCACAUGACUUCAUAGUUGUGAUCUCAAAAGGAAUUUCUCCUUUAAUUUUUCUUGCAGUUAAUGUAAGAAUACUCUAAAUCUCUAAGCUUCUGAAGUAUUAGAGGUAGAGAUGAUCUAGUAAAGAUGUAGUUUAUCCAUUUAGCAUGUGUUUAUUUUUCCUUAUGUACUCAAGGUGAUUUAUUUGUUCAGCUCAGUGAUAUUACAGCUAAAAAACAUUCAUUAGCAAAAGGAGAAGCAGUCUACAUCUAACAGAGGAAUCAGAAAUGUUUCUUAUUUUUGUUGAGUUGAAUGUUUGACUUUUCUACAUACAAAACAAGUUCCUUAAAGAUUCUUCAUAAUUGUAUUAUAGAAGAAUUUAGUAUGUCAUAAAUACUUAAUUUGACAUUCAUCUGUAGUAGCCAUAUGUUGUUUGAUUUCCUUAUGAGCACCAUGAUGGAAACACUCAAAUGAAUUUGAGAAAAAUUGGAAGAAAUUAGAUUAUCGGGUUCUGUUAAAUUGUUAAUGUAUCUUGCUUAAAUUUUUGUUCAUUAAUUUAUAUCCAUCUGAUUAUAUAAAGUAAAUUUGGAGGAAACAGCUGAAGUUGUGCAAUAUUUUCAGUGAUAAUUACUUUUUGUUCUUGUGUUUUCUACUUAAAACAUGAUGUAUAUGUUAUCCAGUAUUAUAGUCAGACCUUCUUUUCUAGAUUGUCAGAAUUGCUAAAUGAACUUUUUUUUUAAAUCAGUUUCCAUUUUGAUUUUAGUCUUUCUUUAUUAUAAGGCUUCUUUCACAGAAGUUUGGUAAUAUUGAAGGCACCGGUAUUGAACAGAAUGAUUUUUGGGGCACUUUGUAUUCUUUGACUUUGUUCUCCACAUACCAUGUUAAAAUCCAUCAAUUUUGGCUUUUACUGAGUUGUUAAAUAAAGUUAUAAUACAGCUGUGAAGGGC